AUGCCAGGGAGUAUGGCCAAACUUCCUUUUCGACCACAGCUCCGCACAUUUUCUCUUCUGUACAAGCCUCGCACAACCUUUCGAGGGGUGAGCUUGGAACUCCCGUCCGACACUCCCAUCGAAGAAGAAGUCAUCCCUGGCUAUGACCCAAGGUCGUAUUUCCCCGUAGAACCGGGCUACGUCUUCAAUCAACGAUUCGAAGCAUUAUCCAAGCUAGGUUGGGGGAGCGGCUCCACGGUCUGGCUUGUCCGUGAUCUUCAUCGCUGGAGGUUUCAAUCCGAACGUUAUUUGACCUUGAAGGUCGGGAAUUGCGACUUCAAAGACAAAGAGGCGGCAUCGCAUGAGGCCCGGAUUGAGGACCAUAUUGCCCAUGCCAAUCCUCAUCACGAUGGUUGCAACUACGUCCGAACCUGGACGGAGAGAUUCGAGGAACAAAGCGCACAUGGUACGCAUAUCUUCUUAGCUUAUGAGCCGAUGCGAGAGCCACUGGGCCUGUUCCAAAACCGCUGCCGAAACCAGCGUCUUCCUCUGGGCCUCCUCAAGGGUUACGUAAAGCUUCUUCUGAAGGGUUUAGAUUAUCUACACUCGGAAUGUAAUGUUAUUCAUACAGAUUUGAAAGUAGAUAAUAUGCUAGUAACAUUUGAGAAUUCUAGCGUACUGCAGGAUUUCGUGCAGGCUCAGCCGUCCAAUCCAAUGCCACGAAAAGUCAAGAAUAGGCGCACCAUAUACUUGUCCCACAAUGACUUUGGACCUCUGAGGUCUUUUUACAUACUGCCCAAAAUCACUGACUUUGGGCUCGCACACCACCAAGGAACUUCCUCGGUGCUGAAUAGACAUCCAAUUCAACCUGAUGAAUACCGGGCCCCGGAAGUCAUCCUCGGUGCUGGCUGGACAUAUAGUGCUGAUAUAUGGAACCUGGGGCUCCUUUCCCCUGCUGCACAUCUCGCGGAGAUGAUCGCAUUACUUGGCCCACCGCCUGCAGAGCUGAAGCGUCGAGAAAGGGACGGUCUCAACUGGAACUGGGCUCCAGCUGUUCACAAUGAUGAGGGCAAGCUUUGUUCGACUGCGUCAGACUGGUUUGGGGGUCCGUUCUUCGAUGAGAAUGGGGAAUUCAUGCAUAAUCACUUGAUCCCACACACAUUGAAAAUUGAGGAUACAGUCAAAGCACUGGAUGGAGAGCAAAAGGAUCAGUUCCUGUCGUUUGCGAGAAAAAUGCUUCAGUGGCUUCCCGAUGACAGGAAGACAGCAAAAGGACUGAUUGAGGAUCCAUGGCUGAGUGAUGAUUCGAUCCGACGUGGUGUUUAA